AUGUGUGACAAAGAAUUGUGUGCUUUGGUUAGUGCCAAGAACAGACCCGAAUUGCUUAUUGCUCUUCAAGACGCUCUGCAGUGUGUGUUAUCACCAGAACGGUUACCGUUUGUGAAAUAUCGCAUACUCACUCAACUGGUUAACAUAUUUCAUCCUUCUGUAAUUGGUCUUUUGACAUCGAAUGAAUUCAACGAGUUGUUUACAACAUUGUUCCGUUCAGCUCCGUUAGACGAUGCUUUCCUAGUUUUGAUUAAUGCUUUGCAUUCUUGUGAUGGUUCUCAGAUGUUUCGCUUGCAGCAUAUAAUAAUUCUACUGGAUGAUCUGGAGAAAACACGUUUAGAAUCAUUGCUUGUUGACAGCAUUGGGAGGGAUCCGAGCGACGUGGACUGGAAUGUUAAGCAAGGAGAAUUAUGCAGACUUUUGGGUCAGACUACCUGUUUGGUACAUAAUGUAUUUGGAAAUUCUCACCUUUUAUGUUUGGUCAAAUCAAAUUAUACACUACUGAAAGCUUAUUUAAACAAUCACUGGAUUUAUUUAUUAAAUUCGCUUAAAGCUGCUCUCACGAAUGCACUAGAGAGAUGUCGAGACUCAAAAGAUGUGAACAUGGAAUUCCUUGUGGGCGUCACUUAUGAGUUGAGCCGCGGAGAUACUGCUGUAUUUCAUAUGCUGGUAACAUGGUUGGGAUCCCAUAUGGAUGAUACGAUUUGGAGCCGUAUUAGCGCUAGACUGCUUACGGAUACUUCAAAUGGUAUAGCUAAUUUGGAAAAGCUACUCUUACUUGUUCUGCUUGCAGCAAAAGAUGGAAAAAUGCUCCAGAAAUUGUUUGGUAAUGAGAUAUACAAAAACCAGAUAGUAAAACGAAUUUUCUUUGAAAAAGCGCUUUUUGUCAAGGUCUUUCCUUCAACAGAACAAGUUCCUGAAAAACUGGCUAUGUGUUUGCAUUGCGGCGACGAAGAAUCCUCUGGUAGUGGACCAUGGAGUAGAUUACAUGAGGAUACUAUAUGUACAGCUCUGAAUGUUUGGGCCAACGGUAUUCAUGUGAAUCAUUCUUCCGAUGAACAACUUGAUUAUAUUGAUGUUGUGCUUCUAAACUUUGUCAAAUAUGCAAACAAACAAAUACGUUGUUCUAUUUCAAAUGAAAUUGUUACUAAAAUGGCUUCUGGUGUCAACAUCCGUCUUAAAUGUUCAGAUCCUCGACGCAGGCUAAGAGGAAUGUUUGUAGCAGAAGUGAUUACGGAUUGGUUCUCUUUGGGUGAGCUGAAAUUUGAAUUUCCUCCUGAAGCAGAUGAGAUCAUGAUAGACUUAAAGAAGAUUGUGGAUGAUGAGUACGAUGCAGAUGUGCAACCUCUUAAAAAUGAUAAUGAGGAGAAGAAAGUGAUACAACUGGAAAUACGGGAUGCAGAGAAUGAUGCAGACAAAGUGGAUAGUGAUGAUGAUGAUGACUUUCCUGUGUACGAAAUCCCCGAAGAGGAAUUGAUCUUAAAAAAGGAAGAAAAUGAUGAAGAUUACCGUAAUGUAGAGAUGCCAUAUUAUAUUAUGGAUUGUAUUGAGGGACUGAAUGAACAGAAUGAUUAUGCCAAAUUUGAGGCUGCAUUUAACGCAUUGAAACCGAUGAUAAGACGGCGAGCUGUUGGUUAUGAGCAGUGUGCAGAAGAACUACUUUGUCGGCUUAUCGACCUUAGCAAUCGCUUCAAAACCGAAUGUUUUCAGGAAAAACGACUACAACUUAUUCAGUCAUGUUUGGUGACAAGUCCACAUCUGGGUAGCGUUGCUGUUGAUAUCAUGUUUUCAAGAAAGUGUUCAAUGACGAAUCGAUAUAUCAUUCUAAAGGCUCUGUCCGAUGCGGCAUUAGAAUAUUCAUCUCCAACCGAUGUUGUUGAAAAUCUUGAUGCAAGAAUUCCAAAAAACGGUGAUAAUGUUGAAGGCAUCACAGUUGUGAAUGCUGGAAAAUUGAUUCCUAAAACAAAACGUUUUAUGAAAACACCAGUUACGUUGUUAAAAGAAAACAGAUUUACACCAGUGGCAAAUUCCUUUUUCUAUCCCUUGACUGCAAUUGAUCAGCAUCGUGAAUAUCUUGAUCUCACUGGAAGAGAUUCGGAAUUAUUGAGUAGGAUUUUGUUCUGCAUGGGUCAUUUGAUCAGAUGUUCUGGUUCUUCUCCAUGCACAGUGAAAAUGGUUAGUACCCUGGCUUAUCUGCUUGUUCCGCUACGACAUAAUACGAAUUUUGCGGUGAGACAGGCUGUACUUUUUUGCUAUGCUUCUAUUUGUGUAUCCUUAUCGAAGGAGGUAUUACUUCAGUUCUAUUCGGAUGAAUUAGUCGAUUGGUUAGAAUAUGCUACGAAGCUAGCUGAAGCUGAUCCGUCAACAGAAUGCCGACAAAUUGCGCAAAUGGCAGCUGAAACCAUUGCUAUAAUUAUCUCUGUUAACGACUAA